CUCAGCUCUCACGGAAGAUGAUCAAAAAAUGACAGAGCUAGUUUCGAAGCGCAGCUUUCAGGAACAGCUARUUUUAUCGUUUCCGCCGGAAUAUCAAGGACUUCUUGGCCGUUUGAAUACAAGAUUUUAUGAUGAUAAUUCAUCCAAGAGGAUAGCUCAUGAAAUGAAUGGAGUCUGUUGGAUUACAUUGGCGAAAAACUUGAUUCAAGAAUUUCCUAUCUCUCUAAAUAAUAAUUUAUACUUCAAGCCUAAAUUGCUGCUGUUUCCUCAUUAUCUUCAAAGAAACUUGUUAUCAUUAUUCUUAGCUAAUGCCAGUSUUUUUCCUACUGGAUCUUUGCAAGAACUGGAUGAAACACUCGAUAAAUACAAGGAUAAUAUGGAUGAAUGGAUGGAAACUUUGCAUAAACUUUUGAAAGUGAAAAUUAAAGAGAUAAAUAACCAGGAUUUCAAUGAAAAACAUGUAGUUCAUAUUGAUAUUCCUACAAAGAAAUCAAAAACGAGAUUUAUGAAGCUUUGCAAGAAGAUGAAAUCUGAGUCUAUUGGGAAUGAUGACCAACAGUUGUCMUGGGAUGUCCUUGGAUACAAAGACUCUACCACCACGACAGAUAUAAUUGAUGUGGAAUGCACAGACUUGUUGGAAACACGAAGGAAGGAUGAUAKCAAAGAAAUUAUAGACAUCAUGGAGAUAGAUGAUGRCAUACAAAUAGUUGAUCAMSWAUCAUCAGUUACAAAUGAACAGUCAAGUAAAGCCCUCUURCCAGAACCMCCUAAUGAUUUUGACAUGGUAGAAAUUACAGACGAUGAUGUAGCUUUAAAUUCAAAURUCACAAACRUUCUCAAAGAAGAGCCAGAUCCACUAACAGAUAGAAAUAAUAAUGAUGACAAUACUGAUGAUAAUUAUGCAGGUUUACAAUCAAAACUGAAACAGUUGCAGGAUAUCCUACAUGACAUUGCUUCAUUGGAUUCAGCAGUUAUACWGUGYGGCAAUGACCUGCAAAAUGAACUACAACUGUUCAAUGAGCUGUCUAAUACAGAGAUGGAGUAUGCUUGCCAGUUUCUCAAAUUGAACAAUUUGCCAAAUGAAAACAUWGUUGGUAUGAUUUGUCAUGGCUUUGUAAAGCUUGAACCUGAGCCAAGCUACAAGAACACAAGCAUCUUUGCUUCAUWUUGUAUUYUGCCUUGCUUAACAAGACURRARUSUGCAGCUUCAAGRCUUCUUGGUAAUAUCAUAAUGGAAUUUACUGACAAACAUACAAAUGUUGCCUGUGAUAGUUUAUUUAUUCAGUUAUUAGCAUCCAAAGACUUGAAUUCUUUUCAAGCAGACAUAAUUUGCAAAGUUAUAAAGGAGAAGUUUAACUCAGGUAACAGGUUGUUUCAGCAGCUGUUGGAAACCAAGAUAAAUCCUGAUGGGAAUCCAUUCUUGUGGAGUGAUGAUAUAGUUACAGUAGUACAGACCAUCAUUGACAGCAAUGCUGCACUUAAUAAGGAGUUGCUGGAAACAAGUUACAUUGAAUGCUUGGAAAUCAAUUCUAAAAAUAUGGCAAAGUCAUUGAAGUUUACAAAGUUGAUUUUGGCCACRAUUAAGAAGUACAGUUCUUUGAUAUCAAUGCACAAACAGACAUUUUUAAACAUCCUGGAAAGGAAUGAAACUUUUUUGAAAAAAGCUGGUUUGGCAUCUUUGAAGAAAAUCAMCUAAACUCAAUUAUAAUAUUUUAGU